AUGGGCCGUAAACCAAAAGGAAAAUCCAGUUCCAAGGGCCUCAAAGGAGCUUUACUACGACACCAGGCGACCGAACAAGCGCAGAAGAAGGUGAAGACCAAGCAAGAGCAUGCCCUUCAAAAGAAUAAGCCUACCAAAGCCAGUUUGGAACAAAGGGCAUCGCAACGGGAAGCAGCAGAGAAAAUGAUACCCUUUGAUAAAAAUUCCACACUUUUGCUGGUUGGCGAAGGAGACUUGUCGUUUGCAAGAUCAAUCAUAAUGCAAGAGUAUGUCAAACCUGAGAAUUUGUUGGUGACAAGUUUUGACAAUUCACCCUCCGAAUUAAAACUGAAAUACCCAAAAAGUUUUGAGGCUAAUUACGACUUUCUUUUGGAGAACGGCGUGAAGGUGUUCUUCCGAAUCGACGCUACCAAUCUCAUAAAAGCGUUCAAAAUCAGUAAAAAAACUACUUGGUCGAAAAUAGCCGGGUCCGAGUGGGCUAUCAAACCGGUCGAAUUCAUACUUUUCAACUUUCCACACACCGGCAAAGGCGUAAAAGACCAGGAUAAAAACAUACGAGACCACCAGGAGCUAAUUCUUGGGUUUCUAGAAAGUUGCAAGCAGUUCUUCAAGACGGCAAAUCAAGUUCCCACUAGUAGAUCGGCAAUGGGUUUCGCUCAAGGCUAUACGCUAGAUGACGACGCAACAAAUACGAGGUUAUCUGCAGAAGGAUGCGGAAAGGUUUUGAUUUCGGUCUUCACCGGGGAGCCGUAUGAUUCUUGGCAAAUCAAAAUUCUUGCAAGAACAACCGGAUGGAAAGUGGAAAGAUCCAGUAAAUUCAAUUGGGCAAAUUAUCCCGAGUACUCCCAUAGACGCACUAAUAGCGAGCAAGAUACAACCAAACCAGCCGCCGAGAGAGAAGCUCGGACCUACAUGUUUGAGAUUUUCGAUAAACAUGCUAAAACUGCUAGAAAGCAAAAAAAUUCUGACAGCGAUGACGAAUGA